GGUGGUAUUUUCUUCACUCCCUUCCUAUCUGCCUUGGUUCAUUGGAGCGUCCGCACGCAGACAGACAGACAAACAUCUCAUGACAGCAGGGUAAACUCUUCUGUUUUCCUUUGACAGAGUGGAGCCGAGUAAAUGCUACAGUUUCGUGAAGCGCGCUGAAGUUUUCACGGAAAUGGUUCACCUGAAGUUUUCUGUCGGACAGUAAGAAUAAAAAAAAGUUUGGAGCUGGAGAGAAAUGAAGCCCCUGAGAGACGCUUCAUAUGGAGAGUGAGUGAAUAAACCCUAACCGGAUCUUUAAAAGUUUUAGAAAAGGACGCAGCUCCAUCUUGAGGCGGCAUGUCAAAUCGUGAUUCGCUGGGGGUCGGGGAACUGCUUCCCCAAGAUGUGAUCCAUGUUUUUGCCCAGGAAAAACACAGCAGAAGAGGCCGAAAGAAGCGCACUCGCCCCUUCGGUCGAGCUUUCAGCUGGUUCAAGAGAAAGAAGAGGAAGAACAACUUCAGUAAUGGGCAGAGCCACGGUAUGGGCCCCCCUCUGGACCUGAACCUUGAUAAACACCGUUCCGGUCAUCACGGUGGACACAAGGGAGGACAGAGGUCAGGGAAGCAGACCCAUCAACAUGGAAACAGUCAUGCUGUCCCAAAGCAAAAUGAUGAUGACAAGACUCCAGCUCCCCCACAGUUCCAGGAGAAUGUCUUUAUCGAGAGCAGCAGGUCCAAGUACGUGGAGGACCUCCACACCGAGGCCCUCGAGGGGCUGAAAAUGAUGCAGGAAGAAGAAAACGGUAAUGGAGUGGAGUAUCAAGACAAUGAAAGCACAGUUUCGACUGUGACGGUCCAAACAGAUGGGGAAAGUGCAGGGUUUGUGACAGACAGCACCAUUCCUGACACAUCCUCGGUUAUCUCGAGACAGUCAUCGAUGUCCGCAAGAUCGUCCCGCUCUGGACUCACCAGGCAAGCAUCAACAUUCAGACCACUGAACUCUGGUAAAAAGUCAGAAAAAAGCAAAGCACGAAAACGUCACCGGAGGACUGUUGCAGGGAUUCCACGACAUGUUCAGAAAGAGCUUGGCUUGGAUAGAGUGGGAUGGACAGUAACUCAACGGCUGGAUGAAGAACAACUUUUCAACGGAGAUACAGUUAACAGCCCUUUGACUGGGCCAGAAUCACCAGAAAUACUUGGUUCCAGCCCUCAAGCCUCAAACAUCAUCCAUCCACUUAGCAAAGAGAAGGUGGCACAGCUGAAUGCUGCCCAUGCUGCUCAUGCAGAUGACCUGGCCCUGCUGCACCGUUUCCCUCGUCUUUAUGAAGAUGAGCGGAGACCUCGGUCUGUGGCUGUGCCGUGGAUGACUACUGCAUCCAGUCUCCAACAAAAGCCCCCUAGCCCAGUCAUGACCAUGUCACCUCAGGCUGCAUACAUGUCUAAAAUAAUUCCCAAUGCUGUGUUACCACCCUCCAUUGAUGUAGUGGAAAUCAGCCGCAGUCGAAGUCGCAGUAGUGUCCGCACGGUCAGCAAGAGCAGCCUGAUGGUGUCCAGCCCAGCUCCCUCCCGCGCUUCGUCUAGAGCUUCUUCAUCCAGAACCACUUCCUCCAAUAUCACCUCUGUCUCCCGCUACAAUGGUCCUAUUCUGUCUGACACUUCCUGUUGCAGCAGUUCAGAUUCUUCAGACACCUUGGUGUCUGAUUCUUCAACCAUCUCCAGCAGCAGCACGCAAAAAAUGCCUCACAAUGUAGAUAUGUCUGCUAAACAUUAUAAGGUCAAUAGCAAUUCUUCUAAUGGCACCUUCAACACUAAGGUCCUAAGCAAGGGAGAGCAGAAAGAUGGGCAAUUUGUGCGUAGCCUCUCUGUCAUUAAGUCCAAACGAGCUCCUCCUCCUCCAAGUCGCUCCUAUUCCCUUCACAGCAAAGUGAAACGGCGAUCACAGGAUCUGGUAGAGCUUCCAAUAGAACCGUCAGUCUCUAACAAGGAAAAGGAAAACCAUAAACCUGGAUCAUCCCCAUUGCCCUCAUGUGUAGACAGCCCUGGUUAUCAUGGAGACACCAGCUCUCUAGACGACUCUACAGGUUCCACAUUAUUCGCUUUAAAGAAAUCUCAGCUACCAGCACCAAAGACGGAGGAUUUGAAAAAGGCUGCAGCAACAGAUUGCAAGGACGCUUCAGAAGAAAAGCAGGAACAGUUUCAAGAGAACAAGCACACUAGAUUAUUGUCUCCAUCCAGUGGUUACUCCAGCCAAGAUGGAACAUCCCCGCAACAGCCUCCCAGCACAUCUCCAAAGCACAAAAAGGGGUUCCUUACAAAGCUUCAAAAGUUAUUCUCUGGGCCGAACUCUUCUAGUUUGGCUCCAGCCAUCUCAACCCAGAUGGGGAUUACUGAACCUAAACAUGACACAGUGAGUGUCAGCACCUCAGUUCAGACCCUGAGAGAACUCUUCAACAUCCCUCCCCCACCCAAAGUCCAUGCCCCACCGCCGCCUCCCCCUGAGGUAUGGGCUCACAGUAAACGUUCAUUUGAGUUACUCCUGGGACCUCCAGCUCCUGACAACCCUAUUGCCAUCAUAAAGAAGAAUCCAAAGGACAGGAGACAACAGAGACAGUCUCCCUCCGUGUCUAGAGAAGGAUCUGUAAAGAGCUUUGCAGUAGAAAGAAAAUACAAGAACACGGCGAUAACGACAGAGCCUAUAAAUGAAUCGCUAGAGGCAAAGAAAGUUCAAGAAAGUGGGAUUUUAAGUGCAGAAAUUCACAAAGAGAAGAUUGAAAGAUUAUCUCAGAAUGGAGAUUUGAAAGGUAACGUUAAGGAAGAGAAAGAGAGAGUAUGUGACAUUUUAAAUGGGAUGUUAGUGAAGGAUAUAGAAAAGUGUGAAAGGAAAGGUCAGAAAACGUCCAGUCAAGCUGCAGGGAAUAUUUCUUCAUCGGUGAGUGGUCCUCUACAACUCGGCGCCAUACAGACCAGUGAGGCUUCCAGAUCUCUACAAGUUGUUUCACCUGAAUCAUCCUGGCCUCCCCCUCCUCCACCAAUGGCUCAAGCUGGCGUCAACGGAGCAGAUGGGCUAGAUUUUCCACUUCCACCACCCCCAUUCUUCAGUGAGGAGGGAAUGAUUUCACCUGUUCAGGUGACACCAAACAGGAACAGCUAUGUUUGCAAAUCAUCACCUGGAGCUGUGCUUAGUAGACAAGAUGUGAAAGGAGAUUGUGUUGAGGUGCCUCCAUCGCCAGGUAUCCCUCCACCCCCACCCUAUACUGCUCCCCUUCCACCAACCACUGAGACUGAAAAGGGCUCUGUCCCACCAAAAGAGUCUUCAGUAUCUGCUUCACCAGUUAAAGAAGUCCAUCUUCCAACAGCUGUAGAGGUUUCUAAAGACUUUACUCUUCAACAUACCCAGGAAACAUCUUACUCCACUGAACAGGCAGGUCCUCUGAGAAAGUAUGUUGCACCUCAGAGUAUUCCACCCCUACCAACACAGCUCCAAUCUUCAGAGCAGAGGAUGGAUUCUCCAGACAAGAGCGCCCCACCAAAACCUGAAACUAAAGAUUUACCAAACAGUAUUUUAAUCCCUCAUCAGAGUAUUCCUCCCCCUCCUUCUAUAGAGCCUCUGCUCAAGUCUUCAACUGAUCCUUCAGGAACUGACGAGGCACCAAUUUUACCACCAUCUGAGUUCAGAAAUGCUUCUUCACUAAAAGAGGAAGAAGAAAUUGCUUCUACUCAACCUAUUAAUAUUCCGUUGCCUCCACCUUUGCCAGCACAGAUUCCUGCGAACAGUAACCAUAAAUAUGGUCCUGUGAGCAUAGAAAACCAACACCAAACGACAGCUUGUGCAUUUGAUGUACACAGAGAACAGUCGAAUCUCAUCACCCCUUCCCUCUUGAAAAUGGUCAAGCUUCGGUCUGUUGAAAACAGUCUGGAACCCCUUGAAACUCAAGAGCAGGCCUCUUCUAAAGGUGUCCUUAAGCACCCCUCUUCUACUAUAACAUCAUCACUUAUGCAGAUGGUCAAACUUCGGUCUGUGAACAGCAGCCCUGAACCCACUGAAACUUCCACAGGCAUAGAAGAGGAACCAACACCGUCUUUUCUCCAAAAGGUAAAGCUUCGGUCAAUCAACAACAGCCCCGAACCAGCUGAGGUUGCCAAGGAAUCAGGCGAGGCAUCAGUGUCCAGUGACACCCAAUCAUCUCAGCAGGUGGUCAAGCUUCAGUCUAUUAACAGCAGCCCUGGACCCCAUGAAGUUGCCAAAGAUGAAAGUGAGGCAUCGGUGUCUGAUGCCACCUCAUCCUCUCUGCAGACAGUCAUGCUUCAGGUUGUUAACAACAGCCCUGAACCCCAUGAAGCCACCAAGGAUGCAAGCGAAUCAUCAGUAUCCGAUGCUACACCAUCUUCUCUGCAGACGGACAAACUGCAGGCUAUUAACAACAGCCCUGAACCCACUGAAGAGGUCAAGGAUGCAACCAAGGUGUCUGUAAAGAACAGUCCUGAACCCCUUGAAGCUAAAGAGCAACCAAAGCCCGAGACCCCAAUGAACCAACAGCUCCCUGACAAAGAGCUCCCAACCUCAUCUUCCAGUAGUGAGGCUCCUCAGAAGCCCAUCAGAAAAUCUCUGAUCAUGUCCCAUCCCACUUCAACAUCUCCACCUGCCACCAUCACCUCACUACCAACUGUGUCUCAGUCUGUUGUAGUUUCAACUGCAGCUUCACCUACAGUUGUCUCUCCAAUGAGGAAGUCUCCUCCUGCCACAACCUCUUCUGGCUCCAUGAACCUGCAAGAGGCCAUCCGCCUCAGGACAGCUGCCAGAUCGAACCAGGGUCCUUCUUCUCGGCUCUCACCUUUGUCCCCUCUAGACUACCAUAAAUCGCCGUCAAGUACUGCAAGCUUCAUCUUCUCCAAAAGCAACAAGAAGGCAGUGAUUGAGACGAAGCAAAAGCAAGAAGAGAAGGAAAAUGUGCAAAACAACGUGGAAGAUUCCACUAAGGUGACGAGUGAAGGAGAGUCGAAGAUGGUAGGGAGAGUGCCACCACCUGUAGCAAAAAAACCGAAAGCAAAGGGUAAAGAGGCUGAGACCAGUGACGCUGUGGAGCAAACUGCAGGACAGGAAACACAGCUAGAUGGUCUCAAAGAUACCACAGAGGAAAUAAACGGGACAGCAGGUACUGUUCAGAGCGGGACAUCAUCAGCAUGAAUGCAAAGCUUGAAGGAGACCUUGGAAGGACUAAAUAACACUGACUUCUUUUUAAUGCAACUGUUUGACAAACAAAUGGAUUUGAAUUGAUAUGGUUCUUAUUUUCAGAAUUUAUGCAUUUAGAAAGUUGUUUGAGUUUCAUGUUAAUGGUGUGGGUCUUAAUUUUCAUUAAUUAAUUUUGCAUUUUAGAGAAAGCAAGUAAUGUAUAUUUUUCUUGCCAGAGGGACUUUUGUUCAUGGUACUUAAGACGUCGAGGGAAUAUGCUGCCCUCUAGUGUCAACAAGUGAUUGCACCACUUAAAAUAUGUCCUGCUGAAUCAAAGCUUCAGUCUUUGCUUGUAUCAAUGGGAUCUUUGGGAACUGAUUUGUUUAUAUAACAUUUUUGUCUAUUUAACAUAUCUAAUAAUUAUGGAUGUGUUCCACAGAGUUCUGUAUAUUUUCCAAAAGAGUUUCCACACCAAUUAUAUGUUUAAAAAACUAUAUUAAGUUAUUUCUGUCUUUUCAUUGGACUUCCCUAGAGAGGAUUUCACUCAAUGCAAAGUACAUUGUUUAAAUUUGCAGUCAUUUGUCAAAUCAAAAAGUCUUUAUGAAGCCCAUUUCAUGCUGCUUUUCGUUACUGACGGUGGGAAGUGUUGCUUUCCACUCACAGUUCCAACUUAUUUUUGUUCAAACUGGUUUUGGAGGCUGAAAUGGAGGAUAUAAUCAUUUAUAAUGAAAAUUAAACACUUAAACACCGA